UCACGAGAAAGAAUGUGGUUAGAACUAAAUGUAGACAAAUCGACUAUUUAAUGAUUAGAAAAAAUAUAGAUUGGUAAUAUGGAAUGACGGAAUAAUUGAGUCAUUUUAUUAAUUUCUCUGAUCAUAAACCUUUAACUACUUCAAUUGUUAUACCUAAAGAAGCCUUGUUUAAAAUCCCUGUCAUCAAUACAAAAUUGCUUAAUCAACACCUAUUUCUACUCAAAGAAAAACCAAAAAAAAAUUUUGACUAUAUGAAAAUUUGCAACAAUCCCUCUUUCUAUGGAGUAAAAUACAUAGAUUAUGAGAUUAUAAUCAAUAAAAAAUUCAGUGAAUCCAUAGAAGCUACUAAAGCCUUACUUUCUCAAAAAAAUCAAAAGAGUUUUAUAACCUAAUACAACAUUCUAGAAACCUAAAACAUUAUAAAAAGGAAGGUUCUAUCAUGAAUUUU